CCAGAUUUAUGCUGGUCACACAGAUUGGAGCCCUUGGUACAUGCUCCUUGACAUCUAUUCCCACACAGGUUUGAGCACAGCUGUCUGCAGACUGCGAUGUCAUCGAAAAUGCAGAGUAUAGCUCAGGCCAGGCGGACGGUGCAGCAGCUGAGGAUAGAGGCCAGCAUUGAGAGAAUAAAGGUGUCCAAGGCAUCAUCAGAUCUGAUGCGGUACUGUGGAGAACAUGCCAAGAACGACCCGCUGCUCAUGGGCGUCCCUGCUUCAGAAAACCCUUUCAAGGACAAGAAGCCUUGCACUGUUUUGUAGGAGAACACCUGAACACUUGCUGCUUUUUUUCAUUCUGGUUUUUAUGUGGGGGAAAAAAAAGCUGAUAGUAACACUGUUCACAACUUGCCUUCAGGCCUCACGCCCCUUUUACUUUCACAAAUGCCUGCUGUAGUUUGGAAAAGGUUUAUUACCCUCUGCCUUUCAGUCAGAUAACAGUAGCACCAAAGAACAUGCAGAAGUCAGCGGCUGAGGCCUCGGAUCAAAGCUUUAGCUCAAACAAAAGAUGAUUAAACGUUCGUAUAAAGGUACAGAGGGAACUUUUGUUUCUCUGUGCUGUUAUCUGACAAGAUCUAGAAGACAUCAACUGAAGCUGUGCUGGGGAUGGGAGAGUUUCCCAACUCUCUAAUUAUCACAGCAGGCAUAAACAAGCCCCCUCAUCACGCUGAUCCAAUCAGAUCCAGGCUUUAAGCUUUCACCUCUUACUUUCAUCAGCCUUGCUUGAGGAAACAGUUGUUGCAGUUUGUGUGGUACUGAUAAUGAACACCCAAGAUAACGAUAUCCUGUCGUGGGACGUGUAGACUAUACUUUCCACCGCAGGAGGAUAGAUGCACAGGGCAGAGGUCCAUUGCCAGUGAUGCACAGCUCCUGCUUUACAUCAUGUUGUCCAGUUACGCUAGGAGAUAAUAGUCUUUAGAAAUUGGCUCUUAAAAUGUUUUACUACCACACAAAGUGCAAACAAUUCAUCUUUUUAUGGACAGGAAAUGAGUUCAAAAUGUCCCUUCAAGUAUAAUUUAACCUAUCCAGUGACAAACAAUUCACUUAAAAUAUUGAUUGAAUUUUUUUUAGGUUAUAGUACAGUGCACUUUCAAUGUAGACCCAGGAGUUUUCUUUCCUGAAACUUUUUUCACAAUCCUAGAUAGCUGCAUUCCAAAAAUACACCCCUGACUAUCAC